AUGUUGAUGUGGCGCAAGGGAUGUGCAAUAGGGAUUCUGACGCUGUUCAUCUGCAUGGCAAGCAUUCAUGUAAAUGGUGGGAGGACUAAUACCACUAUGAGCAAUAUCAACAUCCGGAGAAUUUUGAGCCUGCAAGCACCGCGAGCACUUUUCGAGACGGGCUUUGAAACUACGAUAGUGACCUACCUUGACACAGGCCUCGGCGGUCUGCCUCGGCUCACCCAAUUCACAUUGCUGGCUCGCGUAAUGAUCAGAAGAAUGACCUCCCACGUCCCGCUGCUGAGCUACGCCGUUGACCACUCAGGCACGGAACUUCUGGUCGGGUUUGUUGUUUGUUAUGGGAUCCUUGGCUUCUUUUUAAGAGUUCGUGCCAUCCAGGCGAAUGGUCCACAUACUGUGUUGCGGGGGCGCUGUGGCCGAGGCUGUGGAGAUGGAGCCCUGGGCACCACAACUCCCUGUCUCCCGCAGACGGCGGAGGUUCGCAUAGCCGUGAACGCGGAGCUCCUUGGCCGCCGCCGUGUGCUGGAGGUCCAGGGCGGCGGCCGCCUGGUGCUUGGCCGGAAUCUCGGCUCCGUCGACGGCGACUUCAACGCCUUCGAGCUGCUGGACGGCGAGGUGACCGACUAUAGGAUCUACGACGUCGCCCUCGGUUCUAAGCAGCUGAAGGAGUGGGUGGAGUGCAAGACCCUGGAUUUCUUCAAUGCUCCCUUGAUAUCCUUUGGCGACAGCAAAUUCAAGUUAGUCGGGGAAGUGGAGUUCGACGACAUCGCCAUCAGCGACCUGUGCGCAGGAAUCGUCACCGACUUCUCGCUGUUGUUCACAGAGAAGAUGGACUUCCACAGAGCGAGCGCCUGGUGCGAGAUCAUCGGGGGCCACAUGGCUCUUCCUAAAAGCAAUUACGAAAACGAACUGAUUUGGAAUGCAACGGUCCAUAAGAAGGACGAAUGUUCGUCGUCUUGGACGUAUUUGACUUGGCUGGGCAUCGUCGGGGACCCGCAGACCUUGGAAUGGCGAGGGCUUAUGGAGAACAAGUCCCUAGCCUUCUCUAACUUCCUGCCGAUCUACAGGAGCGUGUCGGAGCAGUACCAAUGCGUCGCUACUGUGAGCCACACCCGGUACAGUUGGGCCGCGAGUCCCUGUGACAUGGAGACUUGCACCCUGUGCCGAUUCACGUCUUACCCGGCACUGGCGCUCCGAGGACUCUGCAAGCUGUCCCUCAUUGACCGGAAGUUCACGUUCCAUGAGAGCGAGGACCUGGAGCUCAGCUUCGAGGGCUACUCGCACGUGGAAGUCGUCAAGGUCAACGGCAUCUGGACGAUGCUGAGCCGCAGGUACAAGGAGCUGCAGGCCACGAUGGUCCAGAGGUACGACGGGGAGUUUCCUCUCGGCGUCCACAGGUGGAAGGUCGUCGGCGACAAGUGCCAGGACAAAAAGCCGAUGCUUCUGCUGACCUCCUGCGGCCACGACCAGUUCACGUGCAGCGACGGGCUCUGCAUCUCGAAGGACAGGCGCUGCGACCUCUCGCUCGACUGCCCCGACAAGAGCGACGAGGCCAACUGCAACAGAGUGUCUCCCCCGCCCGGAUACUCCAGCAAGCUCCCGCCCCCGAGGAUCGAAGGCGGCCCCGUGCCCAUCUACACGUACCUCACCGUCCGGACCAUAAGGAAGUUCGACCUCGCCAACUUCAGGAUCGCCGUCGACCUCCAGGUGCAGAUGAAGUGGCUGGACACGCGGCUGCAGUUCCGUAACCUCCAGAACGACCACAGAUCCAACAAACUGGACAACUACACGGAGGUUUGGGCGCCUUCCCUCAAGCUCAUCGACGGGACGUACGGCACCAUCAUGGAACACAUCCUGAGCAAGGGCGUCUUCGUGAUGAAGGAGUCGGAUCCUCUUCCCGACGACGACGCUACCAUCUACGAAGAAUACAAAUAUGACGGAGCUAAGAAUUUACUCCUUUUUCAAGAGGAAAUGACAGUCGAAUUUGCGUGUUAUUUUGACCUCGUUAUGUAUCCGUUCGAUCAGCAACAGUGUUACCUCAUGUUCGAAAUCCAUGACUAUGACCUCGGCUUAGGAUACCUGGUGAAAGAAGGAAAAGGAACGAAGUUUCUCGGGAACCGAAAGCUCCUGGAGUACAUGCUCUACCGUGUGCAGCUCUACGAGUUCAUUGAUCAUAACGCCAGCCAUGUCGGGUUGGAGCUGAUGUUCAGUAACCAGUUCCGGUACUACAUUGGGAACAUCUUCAUGCCAAGCCUCAUGCUCGUGGUGCUCUGUUACGUGACGCUUCUGUUCGACCUCAGUGACUUCAAUGUCCGUUCUCGCCCCUCAGACAGUUUGAUCAGGGCACACACGGUCUAUGGCACGACGUGAUUUAUGGCACAAUAUGAUAUGUGACACAACAGGAUUUAUGGUACAAUUUGGUUUAUGACACAAUAUGAUUUAUAGUACAACAUGG